CUCUCUCUCUCUCCCUCUCAGUGUCACACAUGGCCACGCUGUGUUGAAUACGCUCCCUACCUCAUUCUCAGAAGCUCUGCUCCUCCGCCGCGCUGUGGUGACACAGCCUCUCUCUCGCUGCCGGGGACAGUGUGCCGCCACUGCUGCCGCCAGCCGUGAAUCCCCUCCGCCGUGGACCCAGCCCGGGGGCUCAAAUCUCAGCCGUGCCUGAGGGCUCCGGACCACCGUCUCUGCCCUCUCUGGAGGCCACAGGAUGGAGGCUUUGGCUCUCUACACGUUCCGCGCCAGCGAGAGCGAUGAGCUCAGCUUCCAGAAGGGCGAUGUGCUGAAGAUAACCAACAUGGAGGAUGACCCCAACUGGUACACAGCAGAGCUUAAUGGCAGGAGGGGGUAUGUCCCCAAGAAUUACAUCAACCUGAGGCCACACAUGUGGUUUGCGGGACGGAUCUCCAGGCAGGUGGCAGAGGGGCGCCUACAGCAUCGCGAGUGCGGGGCCUUCCUGGUCAGGGAGAGCGAGAGCGCGCCUGGGGAAUUCUCGCUGUCGGUCAGUAGCUAUGGGAACCAUGUACAGCACUUCAAAGUGCUGAAAAACCGCGCUGGGAUGUACUACGUGUGGGACGAGCCCUUCGACUCUCUCAACGAGCUGGUGGACUUCUACAAAACCAACAGUAUCGCCAAGGAGAGGACGGUCUUCCUGCGGGACAGGGAGCGCUCGCACGGGCGAGCUCGCCACGCCCAAGCCCUGCUCGACUUCAACCCCCAGCACACCUCGCAGCUGCGAUUCAUGCGCGGUGAGGUCAUCGACCUCCUGGACUGUUCCGACUCGCAGCGCUGGAAGGGCCGCUGCCACGGCCGUGUUGGAUACUUCCCCCCAGAAUACGUCCAGCCCAUCUACCACUGACCCCCCCAGACCCCGCCCCCCGCCUCACCACUGCAGGAAGGCUGCCUUGGGAGAACAGGCACCUGCACACACUUCAUCCCAGCUUCUUGUCUUGUUCGCUUGAUCCCAUCCGGGGCCUGGACUUUGUACAGAGACAGUCAAUAUUCAGGAGACUGGGAAGAAUGCGUGGAAAACUGAAAUGGGGGAACGAUGAAGAGCAAUCCAUUUUGGGGGGGGGGGGGGGGGGGGGGUUCCAUGUCUCCCAAGCAAAAGCACUAUAGCACAGCCCCGUGGUUCUCAAUUCCCUCCCCCCACCGGUCCACAUUUUUGAUCCAUUCCGGCAGCCAUGCACCAGAUUAAUCAGCUAAUUAUACAGCCUCUGAUUAACUGGUUCUGACUUGCAGCUGGCGUGUGCGGAUAAGGCUGGGCUCGAGAACCACCGGCACGUACAAAAAAAAAUCUGACUCUGUUGCAGAGAUGUUUCUCUCACCUCUGUCACUGUAUACGGCAUAAACAGAUUUAAAGCUUCAUCACAAAUAUUUUCACAUGCUAACCUCCGUGCCAGAGAUAAGAAUCUAAAGCGAUGGCUUUGUAUAAAAAUGCACUCUUAAUAAAAGGUAAAACACUGUUCCACAUGUAGAGUACAACUGCCAUCCCUCCAUAGACACUAAAGGACCACCAGAUAAAAUCAAAGACCCACUUUUUCAUGAACUGUCAUUUAUAGUGAUCUUGAAUUCUGAACCUGCUUAAUGGAAUGAAAAUGAAAUUUUAAAAGGGUACUAUAUCUAAUAUAUAACCAUAUAAUUAUUUUAGCAAAGAUCUGCUUCAGUUAUGAUUAUCUUUUUGAAACGAUGUAUUGCACUUAUUAGCUCAUAAAUCGUUAAAAUGUUUUUAUGAAUUUGCAUUCAUUAAGUGUAAUUCACUGCGUAAAUACCUUCCAACACGCGACACCCGCGAAGAUUUUAAGAUGUAUUUUGUUGUACUGUACUAUCCACUGAGCUAAUCACAGCUUAUCGAUAUUGAUGAUGAAGAAAUCAUCUAAAAAGAAUUACUGAACAUACACUAUUUACCAAGGGGCUGGUCCGGAAUAUGGAAAGAACACAGAUAUUCUGUUGUCGUAUGUAACGUAUCGGUAAUGUUUUAUUGGUUGCAAAAUAUGUUUAUGUAUAUACAAUCCUGUGUCACAAAUAAAAAAUAAUGAAGGGUA